CUUUUAACCUAGACUACGCUGUCGGACGGGUUCAAAGGUUGAAAUAUCGGUUCAAAAUGGAAAGUUGAUUGACGAUUGGGACUAAUUCCCAGUCUAUUAAAGAAAAUCUCUAGCAAACUCGAAGAUGGCUGAGUAUCUAAGACCAGCAUGUGCUAUAAUUCUACCAAAUCUGGGUGGUUUUGCUGGGUUGUUCGUAACCCGCAGCAGUAACAGUCGGAAUUGGUAUCAGAAUUUAAAUAAACCAUCAUGGAGACCCUCAGGUGGGGUAAUUGGUCCAAUAUGGACAUACCUUUACUGCACUAUGGGAUAUGCUUCCUAUUUAGUUUGGCGGGAUGGUGGAGGAUUUGAUGGCAGAGCAAGACUUCCUUUAGCGGUCUUUGGCGCCCAGCUGGCGUUAAACUGGGCAUGGACCCCCAUAUUCUUCGGUGCCAAGAAAUUGGAUCUGGCAACCAUCGACAUAGUAGCAUUAUGGGGCUCUAUCGUGGCCACAAUUGUCACUUUCAAACCAAUUAAUAAAACUGCCAGUUAUCUUCUCCUACCCUAUCUAGGUUGGAUAUCUGUGGUUAGCUGUAUUAAUUAUUAUAUCUGGAUGAACAAUAAAAAUAGACAGGAUUGAAUUAUC